AUGUCAUCAUCCCAGGUAACUGGCGGUAGAAUAAGCAGAGCUGAAGAGCACAGUGUCUCGACUCCUGCUGAUAAUGCUGGAAAGUACGGUGCAUCAGAAGAGAUUGAAAAUUAUCCAGCACACGACGAAUCAAUCGAGUCCCAAAGCGUUUGGGAAACUCGCGGUUCAUCAAGCAAGGAAAUAUAUGGUAAAGCAUUCGAGCGUCAUGGUUCAUCCCGCGAAGCUAUCUUCGGUGGGACAUCAGAGCAUGCUGCAUCCAGCCCGAUGAGCAGGGGUAAUGGAAACGGAAAGAACUAG